AUCUGAUCCAGUAGAAUACAGGAGUGGCCAGAGACCUCCAUCAGACACACUCAGGCAACGGCAACAGGAUGAGAGGCUAGACGGAUCAGAGAGACUUAAAAAUACUUCAGAAAUACACAAAAUCAUCACGAAGGAGAGAAAUUUUAGGGAUUUAUUCAGGAAUAUCUAUCCAGGCUUACAGUUAAGUGGUCUCAAGAUUACAACCACCAUGGCCACAAUGGAUGUCAAGACCCUGAUGGUGCCAGUGGGCAUAGUCCGGCUACUGGAGCUGCUCCUCACAUGCAUCACCUUCGGCCUGGUGGCCUCAUUCGGUCACAGCACCUACUCUUUCUGGACGUGGUGCAUGUUUGUGUGGUGCUCCUGUUUCUGUGUCACCUUCCUCAUCCUCGUCCUGGAGUUAACCGGCCUCAGCUCCAAGCUGCCCAUUUCCUGGGGAGACUUCACCAGGGCUUAUGCCAUGUUGGCUACACUUCUGGUUCUGUCCGCGUCCAUCAUCUUCCCCGUCAUCUUCACCAGCUCCGUGUGUGACAAAUGCAUCGCUGCCAGCGUAACCUCCUGUAUCGCCUUCAUCCUGUAUGCAGUCGAGGUUGGGCUGACCCGAGCUAAACCUGGAGAAAGCAGCGGUUUUCUGUCCACAGUCCCAGGUCUCCUUAAAGUCCUGGAGGCAUUUGUGGCGUGCAUCAUCUUCACCUGCCUGGGGGGUAUUGGUUACAAGCAUCUCCCAGGGCUCCAGUGGUGUGUCGCCGUCUACUCCAUCUGCUUCAUCUUCGCCAUCAAUGUCAUCGCUUUAACAAUCUGCCGCCUCCACUCUCUGCUCCCCGCUCCCUUUGAUAAAGUCCUGUGUGUCUGUAAUGUGAUGGCGGUGCUGAUGUACAUGUCAGCUGUGGUCAUUUGGCCGUUUUACGCCUUGAGGAACAGUCCCCGGCCUAAGAUCUGCUCGCUUCUUCCCCACUGUCCAUGGGAUGAUCUGGUCACCAUCGCCGUCAUGACGGGUGUUAAUCUGGUUGCUUACAUUAUAGAUACUGUUUAUUCUUUUAGGCUGGCCUUCUCUGCCAGCAGUACAUAAAGAUUCGAAAACUGAGAUGUUUAAAAUGUAAAACUUUUCAGGUGUUAGUUUGAGUUUUA